AGUGCUAUACAACGAUAAAUUUAGCAACAAGGUGAGGGAUUCUAACCCCCAAGGUCUCCAUAUCAAGUGGCCACCAUAUUACGUUAACCAAGGAAUUAACUUUCUAACUCACAGACUAUCUCGGAAAAGUCAGCUCGUCAACGUUGUGGGCUCGACACCGUAUAAACCAUGGAUUGUACGUGCCUACCAUUACAAUCUUCGUUCCAGUUUCCUUCUCUAACCUCUUACUAUAGCUAUCAUCAACUCCAAGGUCGAGUCUAAGAAUCCUGAUCCCGAGAUGGAUAUCACCCAGAACUCUGCACCUGGUCCUGCCCGUCCGUCGUCUCCAGGCGCGAGCUUUACCAAUCAGACGACCUCUCCGCAGGGGAGUACUAGUUCUCCAUACGUCCCUAUCUCGCCCAUGGAGGCCAAGCACUACUAUCACGGGCUGUACUCAAGAGCGGUCCUAGUAGCUCGUUCUGGCACCGAUCCCUGGAUCCCCCCUGCGGGCCCUGAGGCGGACUUCCCACGCAAGUACCUUAGGCCUGUAGGCAAUCACCCUAUCACCGAAGUCUGGGACAAGCUCCUUAUUCCGAUCGAUAACAUUCUCAGAUCCAAGGGGGUCGAGUGUACCAGUAUCGAUUUGCCUCGCAUUGCGGUGGUAGGAGAACCUGUGGCUCCAGUCGUCGUCUGGAUUGGCGUCAAGCCUGGCUCUCUCUCUGGUGAAGACGGUUUCGCUGCUGUGAUGGAGUGCAAACAACUUCUGAUGACACACCAGCUCCUGGACGUCGAAGUUGAGAUCCGCGAGUCAGUCAGGGUUCUCCACUGAUCUCGUAAUCCCAGAAAAAGGACGGAGGAGAGCGGGUGUCAUAUAUAGGGAGGGG